ACAUAUCUCUCUGCUCUAAACUAUACAACCAUUCCUAAUGGCUUCUUCCCUAUCUCUCCCAUCUUGUUCUGAAAUUAAAAUCAGUAGUUCAGAAAAAUCAUUCAAACAAAGUGUUCUAGACAUUGAAACUACAACCACAUUAGAUGAAGUUGAUGGUAUAUACUUAACAUGGAAGGAUAUAUGGGUAAAUACAAUUUCAUCAAAUGGAAAGAAUGGAAGCAAAUCAAUUCUUCAAGGAUUAACUGGUUAUGCUAAGCCUGGCCAACUCUUGGCCAUAAUGGGUCCUUCCGGCUGUGGCAAGUCUACGUUACUCGAUACUUUAGCCGGGAGAUUGAGCUCAAGCGCAAGACAAACAGGGGAAAUUUUGAUCAAUGGUCACAAACAAGAACUGUCUUAUGGAACUUCGGCUUAUGUCACACAAGAUGAUAUAUUAUUGGCAACUUUAACCGUUGGAGAAGCAGUGUACUAUUCAGCUCAACUUCAAUUGCCUGACACAAUGUCAAAGGAGGAAAAGAAAGAGAGAGCUGAUCUUACAAUCAAAGAAAUGGGUCUACAAGAUGCUAUUAACACAAGAAUUGGAGGGUGGGGUGUUAAAGGCAUAAGUGGGGGUCAAAAAAGGAGAGUGAGCAUAUGCAUUGAGAUCAUAACACAUCCAAGACUUCUGUUUCUUGAUGAACCAACUAGUGGACUUGAUAGUGCUGCUUCUUAUUAUGUUAUGAAAAGAAUUGCUACUUUGGAUCUUAGAGAUGGAAUUCAGAGGACUAUUAUCACUUCAAUCCAUCAACCUAGUAAUGAAGUUUUUCAACUUUUUCAUAAUCUUUGUCUUCUGUCUUCUGGUAGAACAGUUUACUUUGGACCAGUCUCUGCUGCAUGUGAGUUUUUCUCAUCAAAUAAUUCUCCCUGCCCAAGUCUACAGAGUCCUUCUGAUCACUUUGUGAACACAAUUAACAAGGAUUUUGAACAGGACCCUGAGAAAGGACUAGGUGGAGGACUAAGCACAGAGGAAGCAAUUCACAUUCUUGUUAAAUCAUAUGAUUCAUCUGAAAUUAGUCACCAAGUUCAAAAAGAACUUUCUGAAAUUAAAAAAAGGGUCUCGCACACGAUAGAGAAGAAAAGACAUGCUGAUUUUCUUACUCAGUGUCUCAUUCUUACAAGAAGAUCUUUUGUUAAUAUGCAUCGCGAAGCAGGCUAUUAUUGGUUACGCCUACUUAUCUAUGGUGUAUUGGCUUUAAGUCUUGGUACCAUGUUCUUUCACAUUGGUUCGAGCAAUGAAUCAAUUCAGGCUAGAGCUUCACUCCUUGUGUUUGUUGUUACAUUUGUGACAUUCGUAACUGUUGCUGGAUUCCCUUCUUUUGUGGAGGAUAUGAAGGUAUUUGAACGAGAAAGACUAAGUGGACAUUAUGGUGUCACUGCAUUUACCAUUGGAAACACAUUAUCUUCAAUUCCAUUCUUGCUAUUGAUGUCAUUGAUCCCAGGAACAUUGGUUUAUUACCUAGUUGGACUUCACCUAGGACAUGAACAAUUUCUGUACUUCAUAUCUAUGCUUUUCAUUUCAGUCUUUUUAGUUGAAGGUCUCAUGAUGAUUGUUGCAAGUAUGGUUUCAAAUUUCCUAAUUGCAAUAAUCAUUGGUACUGGAAUUUUAGGGAUGAUGAUGUUAGAUGGUGGAUUCUAUAGACUACCAAGUGAUAUACCAAAUCCAUUUUGGAAAUACCCUUUGCACUAUAUUUCAUUUCAUAAAUAUGCAUAUCAAGGAUUGUUCAAGAAUGAGUUUCAAGGUCUAACAUUCACUACUAGCAAUCAAGUUAUAGUUAGUGGUGAAGAUAUAUUGAAAAACUUGUGGCAAAUGGAAAUGAAUUACUCAAAGUGGGUGGAUUUUACUAUUUUGGUUGGAAUGGCUUUAGUGUAUAGAAUUCUCUUUUUGAUUAUUAUCAAGAGCUUUGAGAAGGUGAAGCCUAUGGUUGCAGGAAUUAAUUGUUCUCAAGAAAAAUUUUAGGUUCACAAAAGUGAGUUGAAGCAUUGAAAUUGAUUGGCUUGCAGCAAUUAAUGGGUUGAGCAUAGUACUAGUAUUAUUGCAUAUGUGAUUGAUUCAAUGAAUCUGAAAUUUACAAGAUGCAUGUGAUUCCAAAAAAUAUAUAUAAAAAUGUUUUUUUUUUGUCAAG